AUGGACCCAGCAAAUGCCUUAAGUGAGAUACUGGACCUGAUUAUUUUGAUUCCUAACAUUUUCUUUCUGGCUUUCCUGAUCUACAAAUCCAAAUCUGCCAUAAUCAAACUACGUAGCACCAGCAGUCCCAUAUUUACAGCUUUCUAUGUAUUGGUGAGUAGCUUUAAUCAAACUACGGAGCACCAGCAGUCCCACAUUUCACAGCUUUCUAUGUACUGGUGUGUUUGGUGGCAAACUAUUAGUGUCCUGAGAUGUAUUGUUUCUAUGACUGGGCUCAAUGCCUCCGUUCUGGCUGGAGAUAUAACAGACAAGGUUCUAUGGCUUGUCCUCAGGUUUUUCCUUCUUGCCACAGAGAUGUCUAUCAUUGUCUUUGGACUGGCAUUUGGUCAUUUAGACAGUGGUAAAUCCAUACAGCGAGUAUUACUAGUGACUUCAUGUGUAGCCCUUAUAUACUCCUGCACACAGGGGACUUUAGAGUUUGAGUAUCCAGACCCUCAGUUCCACGUGGAGAAGGGCUCUAAUGAGACGUACCAGAACUUUGACAUCUUCGCCCACGGAGGAAUGAUAUUCUGGAUCACCAGUUCUCUUGUUUUCUUUGUUGUAUACACUGUUAUAUUUAUUUUACCUUGGACUAGUCUUAAGGAAAGAUGGUCUCUACCACCCAAGAAAUCAUUUUACCGCUAUGCUGCGUUUCUUGCCGUCCUAAAUCUGAGUCAGGCGGUGGGUAGUGGACUGUUAUAUGGGGAAAUCCAGGAAGGAAUGUGGCACACCCAGCCCCGCAUUCUGUUCUCCUAUAAAAAUCAAGUCGACGAAAUCCCAGAGGACGACACAGUGAGCAUGCCCUACCAGACAAAUGUUCAGAAGACCGAGGACAUGGAUAGCGUCAGUGCCAGCUUUGACAGUACACAUUUCGACCAUCGCUCGGGGUCGUACUACACUCGGCCGUCAGUGAAUCAACACAGCUCUAUUAACGUCUCGGAGCAGGACAUGGGCACGCAGAUGAUUAUUAUCAGGCCUCGGCUUAGGGCCCGUUAUUAUGUUGUGUUUGCUUGCUUGCUACUGUGAUGUCUUAUAGGAGUUCGGAGGAUGGCUCUAGUCAGUUAACUGUGAAUUAUGGCUAA